AGACUCCAGGAAGAAAGCAUUUGUUCUGUCUGGUUCUUCAGAAUGAUGAAACUGAGUGUUUUCCUUCUGCUGCUCCUCCUGAGGAUGAGCUCGGUUUCCACUUAUCAAAAUGUGGCCUUAAGGGGCAAAGCAACUCAAUCUACCUGUUACGAUAGUCCACUGGCAUCCGCCCACAACGCAAUUGAUGGAAAUCGUGACUCUGCUUUUUUGGCUGGGUCAUGCACACACACUAAUGAACAGACCGGCCCCUGGUGGAGAGUGGACCUGCUUGAGUCCUACAUCAUCACUUCUGUCUUCAUCACCAACAGAGGAGACUGCUGUCAGCACAGACUCAAUGGGCUAGAGAUCCAUGUAGGCAACUCUCUGAACAACGAAGGUUUAGGAAACCCAAAGGUUGGUACAGUUUCUGAAGGUCAUGCAGGUGACUCCAAUGUGACUUUCACUGAUCGUGUAGAGGGGCGGUACGUAACUUUGACUCUGCCAGGUUCACAAAGGAUCCUCACACUCUGCGAAGUGGAAGUCUACGGAUACCCUGCUCCAACUGAGGAGAAUCUUGCACUCCAAGGAGAAGCGACGCAGUCCUCGCGACAUUCAUUUGGUAUUGCAUAUAAUGCCAUCGAUGGAAAUCGUAACAGCAAGUGGGAAGAUGCCUCUUGCACUCUCACACGAAAAUCAAUGAGCCCCUGGUGGCGGCUCGAUCUGCGCAAAACACAUAAAGUGUUUUCUGUUAAUGUAGUAAAUCAAGAUUCUAACCCAGAGCGACUCAACGGAGCCGAGAUCCGCAUCGGAGAUUCUCUCGACAACAAUGGCAACAACAAUUCCAGGUGUGCUGUGAUCACAGGUAUUGCAGGAGGUGCUGUUGCUGAUUUCACGUGCAAUGGGAUGGAAGGCCGCUACGUUAACAUCAUCAUUCCCGAGAGAAAAGAGUUCCUAAGUCUGUGUGAGGUCGAGGUGUAUGGCUCUAGGCUGGAUUAGGUCUAAAAAAAAAAAAAAAAAAAAAAAAUAAUUUUUUUUCCUUUUACCCAUAGAGACUAAAAAUCAUAGUUUAAGCUUUCAUAAUCAUGUAAAAAAAAAA